AUGAUAAAUUCUUAUAAGGUCAAGAUUUUGACGGACGAGGUCGAGGCGAAUAAUUUGGGCGACGAGGCGUUCGAUGAGAGGUGGAAACGGUGGUACUCGUGUAGUCUGUGCGAACAAAAUUACCACGGCGUCGUGCGGGGCGCGCUCGGGUGGGCUUGCUGGAAGACGUACUUGGGACGGCCGGAUUCGGACCAAGAUCGGCGCAUGGCGAUGGUGCAGCUUGGGAACAGUUUGUCCGCCGCGGGCCACCACGAGGACGCGUUGGCCGUGAAACAGGCCCACUUGUCUACGGAGCGGCGCCUUGGCGCAUCGGAACGUAACAUUCUCGCCGCGCAGGGCAAUCUUGCGAAUACGUAUCAUAUGCUUGGACGGCACGAAGAGGCUCUGCGCGUACGGCGAGAGGUCUACGCCCAACGCUUGAAGCUAUCAGGUAAGGAACAUGUAGAAACCAUUAGAGAAGCGCUCUGCUACGCUCUUGUGCUCAUCGCCUCUCGUCGUUUCAACGAUGCCAAGACACUGACGCGCAAAACAAUCCCCGUGGCGCGACGCGUUCUCGGAAAUUCGCAUGAAUAUACGCUCAGAAUGAGGUCGAGUUACGCGCGGGCGCUCUACGAGGACGACGGCGCCACGCUCGAAGAUCUCCGCGAGGCCGUGGAGACGCUCGAGGACGCGGAACGGAUCGCGCGGCGCGUGCUCGGUGGUGUGCAUCCGAUCACAGAGGCGUUUGAGGAUAAUUUGCAAGACGCUCGAGACGCGCUCCGCGACCGGGAAGAAACUCGGGACGCGUUUCGGACGGCGCGCGCGAAACUCGCCCAAGAGCGGGCGGAGCUCGCCAAGACGCUCGCCGACGCGAUUGCGAGGCUGCCUAAAUGA